UUGUCACAUGAAGUACGUACGUAAACAAACUGUAAUUCAUUUUGCAUUUUGAAAUACCCGGAAAAUUAUUAAUAUUGUUUGUAUUUAUGUUUGAAACCUUGUACAAUAGCUUCUAAAGGUGUGCCUGUGCCUUGAUACAAAACUUGAAUAGCCUGUCGUUAUAACUUAUUAGACAACGUGCCGUUGCAAUGUCUAUUGAAGGCAGCAGUGGAAGUGGAGGGUCGCAGGUGGCCCUGGUGACUGGGGGCUACGAUCACACCAUAAAACUAUGGCAAGCGCAUAGUGGCGUCUGCCUCCGCACCAUGCAACACCCGGAUUCGCAAGUAAAUGCAUUAGAGAUAACUCCUAUUGGGCAAAUGGUGGCAGCAUGUGGGUACCAACACAUCCGAAUGUAUGAUCUCGCCAGCGCCAAUCCAGACCCCAUCAUGAACUUCGAGGGGGUCACUAAAAACGUCACCAGAGUAGGAUUUCAUGAAGACGGAAAAUGGAUGUACACAGGUGGUGAGGACUGUACUGCAAGAAUAUGGGACACAAGAACUGGACGACAGCUGCAAUGCCAGCGAAUAUUCCAAGUGCCGGCACCAGUGAAUGCUGUUGUACUCCAUCCAGACCAAACACAGAUCAUGGUUGGAGACCAGAGUGGGAUAAUUCACAUGUGGGACCUCAGAACAGACAAGAACGAUCAAUUAAUACCAGAAGCUGAAGCGUCCAUCCAGGACAUAGCCAUCGACCCGGAGGGCAAGAUGAUGGCGGCCGUCAACAACAAAGGCAACUGCUACGUGUGGUCUCUGGGCGGCGCGCCUCCGCGGCCCGUCCCGCGCCGACACAUACAGGCGCACUCUAAAUACGCGCUGCGCUGCAAGUUCAGCCAUGACUCCACCAUGCUGGUGACGACGUCCGGAGACUGUUCGGCGCGGCUGUGGCGCACGAGCGACUGGUCGCUGCUGCGCGAGCUGCGACACGACACGCAGCGCUGGGUGUGGGAUGCCGCCUUCAGCAUUGACUCGCGCUACCUGUUCACCGGUUCAUCCGACAGCUACGCGCGACUCUGGGACGUAGAGAAAGGCACGCUGGAGCGGGAAUACUGCGGCCAUCAGAAGCCCAUCACGGCGCUCGCCUUCAAGGACCAGGCCGUCUAGCCUCGCACGCCUCAAGGAACUUUCUACUUCUAAUAUAACCUUUGGGCUUCCUCCAGACUAGUGUCUUUCAAGCGUCGUCGUCUCGCCAGCUAGUGUAGACGCGGCGCACCAACUCUUUUUAGAGCACUUUCAGCCGAAAAUUUCAUACUAUGUGACAGCGGAUGCAUGCCUUCACAUUAUAGAAACGCUGCUGUCGCGCUUCUAACGCCCUAAUGUGAAAGCGCUCUUAAACUAAAUAUCGUGACGUCAGCGCUGUAUUAAUUUUCGGCAGCCAAUCAGCAGCAACUCGAGAGACGCUAGUGUUGGGAGGUCCCUUAGAGGUAAACGUUGACACUUUUGAGUCUUGAGCAGCAUACAACCCACCAAUGGAUAUUUUAUUUUCAUAUAAUCACCAUGGAUUCAGCCUCUGCCAGUGCCUAUACUUUUGGUAUCCAGUUGCUGCCACUUGACACACAGUCGUUUAAAGUGUCGUACUGCGCAUAGCCGAUAGCCGCUACCGGACACAGCAACUCGGUGUACCGUGGCGGCAACGAAGUGUGUACGUUUGCGUAGCCUCCUAAUGUGAUUUCAAUAAGCUUGGGGCCUUUCGAACCUAGACACCUGAUGACGAUGCAAGCGUUUUAUUCUUUCAGAGACUAACGACAUCAUAAAAGAUGUACUUUUCUACAAAACCAAUGACAUCUGUAUAUUGAUUAUUCGAGUUUUUGUUUAACGAUAGGGCAGCAGUCGAAAAGGUCCGAACUUAGUAUAAGAUUGAUUUAUUGUGUAUAAAUAAACUCUAAAGAAGUUUUGUAAAUAAUAUGUAUGUUUUUAAAUCC